AGAUGUCGAUCAACAUGUCAACUGGCACACCUUCCAGUCCUCGAUCAAUUCUGAAAAUUGCUGCUGGGGCAGUAGUUUGCGAUGAAAGCAUACUCAAAGGAGAUAUAACAAUCGGUCCAAGGACUGUUGUUCAUCCCAAGGCUAUAAUUUUAGCAGAAUCAGGUCCAAUUAUUAUUGGCGAAGGAAAUAUAAUCGAAGAAAUGGCAACUAUUAUUAACAGGUUGCCGGAAGGUGCUCCGAAACUUCCGACAGUACCUGUUCAAAUUAUAGGAAAUUAUAACGUUUUUGAAGUGGACAGUACUUGCGAAGCUCACAAAGUUGGGGACAACAAUAUUCUGGAAACGAAAGCAUUUGUUGGUCGAGAUGUUGAAUUGACCAAUGGCUGCAUUGUGGGAGCAGCUUGUUCUGUCUCAGAACCAGAAAUUUUACCCGAGAAUACAAUUAUUUACGGAAGCCAAUGCCAGCGCAGAGAGAUGAAUGAUAAACCCUACCCUCAAGUUGGACAACUUGAUUUUCUGAUGAGAGUACUACCGAACUAUCAUCAUCUGCGAAAACCCAACAUGAAAUUAAAAACCGGCCCAUCGAUAUAGUAA